UCUGAUGCUGCUUGGGAGGUGUGCUUGCAGAGAUAGGAAACAGCGCCAGAGUGAGACGUCCGGCCGGUUCUUUUGUGUGUUCUGAAGGACAUUUUGGACAGCUGAGGUGCUCCGGUGUCUCUGUGGAGUGACACUUAAGAGAUAUUGCGCUUUAAACCAAAUGUUAGCCGCUAGCCUAGCCACCUAGCUUAGCGUCUCGGUGCGUUCCUCAAGCUAGCGGUGUCCUCCAUGCUAGCUAGUCACCUCAUUGGCCUGCCCUCCUCCUCUUCUUCCUCCUCCUCCUCCUCAUCCUCGACAGCCGGUCCUUUGGCGCCAUCACAAUGGCUUUAAAGCGAAUUUCAAAGGAGUUGACGGACCUGUCCAGAGACCCUCCUGCCCAAUGUUCUGCCGGGCCCGUGGAUGAAGACAUGUUUCACUGGCAGGCCACCAUCAUGGGACCUCCUGACAGCCCCUAUCAAGGCGGUGUCUUCUUCCUCACCAUCCACUUUCCAACAGAUUACCCCUUCAAACCGCCGAAGGUGGCGUUCACAACCAGAAUCUACCACCCCAACAUAAACAGUAAUGGCAGCAUCUGUUUGGACAUCCUGAGGUCUCAGUGGUCUCCUGCGCUAACCAUCUCCAAAGUCCUCUUGUCCAUCUGCUCGCUCUUGUGCGACCCCAACCCGGACGACCCCCUCGUGCCAGAGAUCGCCCGCAUCUACAAGACGGACCCUGUCAGGUAUAACAAGACCGCUCAGGACUGGACUCAGAAAUAUGCCAUGUGAUCCUGCUUAACUCUCACUGGCCAAUCACAGCACUUUGUUCACUUUUUUUUUUCCCCCCUCCACUCCUGUCCCAAAUCUCAACAUCAUCCAAACGCUGUCACACGGAGACGGAGCUACCAGAGUGGACAGAAGAGGGAUGCAUGUCAGAGGUUCUUGGUCAGCCAUGUUUACUUUUUAGAGAAGCUGAGGUUUUCCUCGCUGUGCUCCUCCCCUUUUUGCACUUGACUUGAUGAUACUUGACAGCAGCUGAUUGGUCCUUUUUUUUCGCCCCCGCAGUAAAUUUGAUUGCACUUGAUUUUGACUAGGUGUUCUAGAAGCUGGAUGAUUGUCAUCAAACAUGACGUAUAAAAACUUUAUUAAUAAAAAUGUCCAGAUAAAUAGAUCAGAGUC